AUGGAUGCCAAGUCCUUGUUAUUUGAAUGCCUUCAGGAUUCACCGUAUUUUAGGGCAUCACUGAUUGAGAAAGAGAGAGGUGUUGAAACUUUACACAUAAAAGUAGAGAAGGUUUUGAAGACAUGCUCCACUAUGCUAGAUGCAGGCAAACUUUAUAGCAACUGUACUAAAGAUUUCAUAAAUGGCUUGUGCGAUCUGACAGCAUGUCUUAAUGAUGACAAGGGUGAAGAUGAGAUGGAUUCAUCAUUGCAAAUUAUGGCCAGAUUCAAAGAUGUCCUAGCAGAAACCAACAGCUAUUUCGAAAUUCUGUUGGAUCAGAUGAAUAGAUGCAUUGUCAAUGGGCUCUACUCUUUCCUAAAAAAGUACAUAUUGAAAGUAAAAGAAUCUCGGAAACACUUCGACAAGAUAUCGGAGGACUUGGACACUAUCCUCAUGAAACAUUCCCAAUCCGGAAAAUCCCAAAAAAUUCAGGAUUUGGAGGAUGUGGAUAACAUGCUUCUUGCUACGAGAUCCUGUUUUAAGCAUAUAUCUAUUGAUUAUCUUCUGCAGUUAUUGGGAUGCCUCUAUGGCCACCACACAUUCUUCCACCAGGGCAUGGAACUCUUCAGCGAUUUCGAUUCCUAUCUAAAAUCUGUUUCUAAUCAGGACACUGACGUUUCAGAUAAGGAUGUUGACGUCAUUUCUAGGAAACCGCUAAAAAUGGAAGGCUACUUGUUCAAGAGAACCACUAAUACCUUCAAAACCUGGGUCAGGCGUUGGUUUAAGAUUCACGACAAUAAGCUCAUGUACUGCAAGCGCGAGUCCUUCAUCAACAACAACUACAACAACGACAAUAAUAAUAACAACAAUAAUAACAACAAAUUUAAUAAUAAUAAUAACAACAAUGCUAACAACAACAUCGACUCGCAAUCCAAUAAGAAUUGUACGUUUUACGUUGACAAUCUCAACAACAACAACAAUAAUAAUAAUAAUAAUAACAACAAUAACAACAAUAAUAAUAAUAAUAACAUCAAUAACAACAACAAUAAUAAUAAUAAUAAUAAUAAUACGGAAAGUAACAAAAGCAAUAACAACAGUAUAAGCAAUAGUAUUGACGGUAGUAACAACGCAAAUAAUACUUCAUUAGCUGCCUUAAAACCCCAAACUAUCCUUUCAACAGCAGUGACAGCAGCGGCUACAGCUACUGCUGCAGCCGGUUCGUCAGCUGUGGCAGCUACUACUUCAGCUGCUGCAGCUAACGAAGGUUGGACGAUAAUGGAGGAUGAUUUGAGAUUGUGCAGUGUUAGGACGUGCGAUCAGUUGGACAGGAGGUUUUGUUUCGUCGUCAUAUCGCCACACAAGCCGCAAGACGCUCUGCUGAAUGAAUUGUACUGCACGCACGCGAACAACUACACGUCGUUCCUCGCCAAAACGCCAUCGUCGUCAUCGUCGUCGACGUCAUCCUCAACUGUUGUGACGUCAUCACAGCCUUCUAAAAAUAAAGUGCCUAAGAGCCUCGGGGUGCACAUCUCGAAAGUUCGCUCGCUGACCUUGGACGAUUGGGACGAUGACUCUCUCAAGGUCAUGAGCCAUCUCGGCAACCAACUCAUCAAUAAUAUCUACCUGGGCGGUUCUCCUGGUGGUAUUAGUAAUAGUUGCAAUAAUAAUAAUAAUAAUAAUAAUAAUAAUAAUAAUAGUGGAGAUAAUAGUAAUGAUAUUAAAAGUAGCAGCAGUAAUGAUGCAACGAGAAGGAACAAGCGUUUGUACGAGGCUUGCAGCAGCAACGACAGCAGCAACGCUUGCAGCUACGACAGCAGCAACAGCAGCAGCAGCAUCUCAAACAUGGCGCGAGCCCUGGCUCACGGUGCAAAUAUUAACUGGCACAAUCCGACUGACAAAAUGAGAACUCCACUGAUGCAGUCCGUGUUUGCUGGUUCCAUGGUAGCCCUGGAGUACCUACUAUUGAACGGGGCGAGAGUGGAUGAGGUGGACGAAGAUGGUCGAACCGCAAUGCACCACGCCGUCCUACUAUCUCAUACUGGCCAAGUCUUGCAAUUAUUGAAAAGAAGAGCUAAUCACCUGCUGGUUGACCGCUUUGGGCAGGAUCCACUCAGAAUGGCCAUCAACAAUACGAACGCCGAUAUCGUCACGUUAUUAAGACUGAUGAGACUUAAUGAAGAGAUGAACAAUGAUGAACAAACGUUUGUACAUCAAGACGACAGUACAGUGAUGGAGGUCUUCAAAGACAUGAGCAACAUGGCUCACAACAAUCCCAACGUUUUAAACAGGAUGAAUAAUGAAUAACAGGUGGUCGGAUGGUUGAAGUCGCCUGGUCCUGAUGUCGCAGUGACUGGAUUCGAAUGCAAACAGAUCCCAGACUAUCAUAUUGCAAUAUGUGUGAUACAAUGAUUCGUACUUAGCGUGUGUGUGUGAGUGUGUGUGUGCGUGCGUGCGUGCUAUUGCUCAUGGUAUUAUUAUUUUAUUAUUUGUAUAAUUAGUUUUUUCACAUCUUUGAUAUUUGACUAUACUGCUGCUGUUAUUGUUGUAGUAUUCGCUAUUACUUCCAUUACUGUUACUGAAAUGAUAUUUUAUUUGAAGAUACAAUGACGUAAUUAUUGU